CAGAAGAUAGCGAGCCGCCGCCCGGCUGCGCACAGAUGGAGCAAGCGGAGCCCGCGCCGCGCGGGCAGCACUAAGCGGCUGACCGGCCGGACCUCACAGACUCGCCAUGGAGGAGGAGAGUGUGAAGGAGGGGAGUGAGAAGCCUCGCGAAGCACGGACUGCAGACAAGGCCGGCUGGAUCAAGAAGAGCAGUGGGGGGCUCCUGGGCUUGUGGAAAGACCGAUACCUGCUCCUCUGCCACGCCCAGCUGCUGGUCUGCGAGAACGAGGAUGAGCAGAAAUGUGUAGAGACUGUGGAACUCGGAAGCUAUGAGAAGUGCCAGGACCUGCGCGCGGUCUUCAAGCGGAAGCACCGCUUUAUCCUGCUGAGAUCCCCCGGAAAUAAGGUCAGUGACAUCAAAUUCCAGGCCCCCAGUGGGGAAGAAAAGGAAUCCUGGAUCAAAGCCCUCAAUGAAGGGAUCAACCGCGGGAAGAACAAGGCUUUUGAUGAGGUAAAAGUAGACAAGACCUGUGCCCUCGAGCAUGUGACACGGAACCGGGUACGUGGGGGCCAGCGGCGCCGGCCACCAACAAGAAUCCACCUAAAGGAGGUUGCCAGUGCAGCUUCUGAUGGGCUUUCGCGCCUGGACCUUGAUGUCCCAGACAGUGGACCACCAGUGUUUGCUCCUGUCGAUGAAGCCGGUGAAACGGAGCCCCGGGAGCCACCUCGGGCUCUCAUGCCUCCCGUCAAGCCUUCCCCAGGACCAGAGCCUUCCAGCGCUGCUGCUGCUGAUACCGUGGACACUCCUGCUGGAGAGAGAGCCCCGACUCCUGUCUCAGCCAGCCCCGAGGCCAAUCCUGAGGGUCAAGACCGUGCAGAGACUCCAGCCGAGGAGGACAGUGGCUUUAAGAGGCUCCCCAACAGCACAUUGUCAGAGAAACUGAAGGUGAGCUGGGAGAACCCCAGCCCAGAGGAGCCUUCUGCUCUGGAGAGUGCACAGCUGCCCAAGGUGCCCUCUUCAGAGACCCCAGAGGCUACCCCCAGGGAGACCAAAAAGCCCCCUGCACCCCCUCCCAAGAUCCUGUCAGAGAAGAUGAAGGCCUGCAUAAGUGGGGUGGAUGCUUCUGGUCCAUCCCAGAGUUCUGAGGCUCCUGAGACCACUGCCCCAGGCCCAACACAGGUCUCUGUGAAUGGCCUGGAUGACAAUCCUGAGUCUGCCAUACCAUCUGAGGCCACGGGCACCCCUGGAACUGCCCCAGAGGGUGCAGCAGCAUCCCCAGCACGACCCUCCUGGGACUUGCCAUCACAGUUUCAUCCUCGCUCCUCGUCCCUCGGGGACCUACUCAGAGACGGACCUCAGCAUCCACAGCUGCCCAAGGAAAAGUUGUACCGGGCCCAGCUGGAAGUGAAGGUGGCCUCGAAACAGACCGAGCAGUUGUUGAAUCAGGUGCUGGGCAGCGAAGCACAGCCUGUGUGUGCGGAGUCAUUGCUCAGCCAGGCUGUGGAGCAGCUGAGGCAGGCCACCCAGGUCCUGCAGGAAAUGAGGGAUUUGGGAGAGCUGAACCAGGAAACGCCUGGGCUAGUGCAGAAACGGAAGGAGCUGGUGACCCUCUACAGGAGAAGUGCACCCUAGGUGCCAAGCCCGAGGCACAAACUCACCUACCCCCGAGUCACUGCCCAGCCUUACUAAGAAAUGAGCUACAGCUCAGGCUGUAGACGCACCAUUGGGGACAUCCAGUUUGGCCAGGACUUGAAGCUCCUGAUGUCCUUUCUACCCUACCCUGGCUAGUGGUGCCAGGUCUCACCUAGGGCUACCUGUCUGGCUCCCUGUUCUGGCCUCUUCCAGGCUCUGGGCUUGGGAUGGGGCACAUACUCUUGUGGUCUGUGUGGUUGUUGCAAACCUCCCCAGGGCUUUGGCACUGUGCUUGGAGUUUCCGGGAUGGUGUCAUCUCUGUUCUCACCCCCAAUAGUUUACAUUCCUGACUUCUGU